AGAGAGAGAGAGAGAGAGGGAGAGGGGGUGCGCGCAAGAGAGAGCAAGAGAGGGGCGAGGGAGAGAUAGAGAGAGAGGGAGAAAAAAUGAAACAACUCAUUUGCAGAGGAGUAAAUCACGGAAAACUCGUUUGAGAUCGCGACAGGGCUCCCGCUUAUACAGCUCUAACACCGGAAUUGUGAUGCGCACGAGCACUUCCUCCUUCUCCGCUUCUCCCUCUUCUUCUUUUUCUUCUUCUUCUCCCUCCUAUUCUUUUUCCUCCACUACUUAUUCUGCUUCUUCACUGGAGAUUUCAUGGAACCGGUGUGAGUGUUUUUAUUGUCGUCGCUGCUGCCGCGGCUGUUCCUGCUCUGGCUGGCUGCCGUCACCCUUCUUCCUCACACCGCAACCGGCUCGUCUGUUGUGGCCGUGAGGGGGAGAGAGAGAGAGAGAGAGAGAGUGGGGGGAAAAAAAGAAAGAGAGAAAAGAAAGAGCCACAACAACGGUCACCGACACCGGCGGCGGACCUGCCUCACUCUCCCUCCCCUCCGUAUCUGCCUUGUGUCGGUGUUCCUCUGCCUCAGACAGAAGAAGCAGGAAAAAGAAAAAAUAGUAAAGUGAGAAAACACAGCUGAAAGCCGCCGGUCGCUUCCUCCAGCCUCACUCUGACUCUGCCGAGCCGAAUACAAACUGAAAACAGCAUCAAACAGUAACACAAAAGAUGAGUUCAUAUUUCGUCAACUCGCUCUUCUCUAAAUAUAAAAGCGGAGACUCGUUACGUCCGAACUACUAUGAGUGCGGUUUCGCGCAGGACCUGGCCGGCAGCCGGCCCACUGUGGUGUACGGCCCGGGCUCCGGCGCCACCUUUCAGCACGCUCCGCAGAUCCAGGAUUUCUACCACCACAGCGCCUCCACGCUGCCCAGCAACCCCUACCAGCAGAGCCCCUGCGCUGUCACAUGCCACGGCGAGCCGGGGAACUUCUACGGAUACGACGCCCUGCAGCGGCAGACGCUUUUUGGGACCCAGGACGCGGAUCUGGUCCAGUACAGCGACUGUAAGCUGGGAGGCGCGCCGGGACUCAGCGGCGAGGACGCAGAAGGGACCCAGCAGAGCCCCUCGCCGACGCAGCUGUUCCCGUGGAUGAGGCCGCAAGUAGCUGCGGGCAGGAGGCGUGGCCGACAGACCUACAGCCGCUACCAGACCCUGGAGCUGGAGAAGGAGUUCCUCUUCAACCCCUACCUGACCCGGAAACGCCGGAUCGAGGUGUCGCACGCGCUGGCGCUGACCGAGCGCCAGGUCAAGAUCUGGUUCCAGAACCGGAGGAUGAAGUGGAAGAAGGAGAACAACAAGGACAAGUUCCCCAGCAGCAAGAGCGAGCAGGAGGCCGUGGAGAGGGAGAGGAGGGAGAAGGAGCUGCGGGAGGGCACCGGGAGCGACUCCGGCGGAGGGGGCGGGGAAGGAGGCGGCGGCGGCGGAGGAGGCUCGGUGGCGGUGGCGGGCACGGCGGGGUCACAGGCCGCCGUGAAUGAGGAUUGCUGUGAGAAAACCCACAAGCAAAUGUAGGGGGUCAGGAGAGUUAAGGGAGGAUGGAGGGCGAGAGACGCGGAAAGGUGGGUGUAAAUGUUGGACAGGAUGGGACGGGGUGGGAGAGGGUGGGAUCGGGCUGGUGUUUGUCUAAAACUGAGGCCAUUGGACUGCCCCUGCUGUCUCCACGAUUCAAUCGAUGGAAGGGAACUAGAGUUUCCAAAAUGGCGACCGGAAAGCUGGACGGACUGGAGAGGCCUCGAGCCUCUGUCUGCUGACUGUGUACAAACUGUGGGAGUAAUAAAAAAAUAAAAUAAAAAAAUAAAAAAUAAAUAAAACAAAACUAAAUAAAGUGAAACGAUGCAAGAGAAUAAACUGAAAAAGAAAAAAAAUCAAAAGUGACAAGGGCGGGGAUGAAUCAAUCCAACUCAAACAUAGUCUACACUAGUGUUCUAAAACAAACAAAAUAAGAAAAAAAAAGAUAGCUUCCUUUCUUUGUGGAACAAUUAUCGUGAAAACAUUUCUAUAUUGUUAGAAGUUUAUCAUUAACAAUUUUAUCUUUGGCAGCUGUAUAGUUUUUAAGUUAAAAAUGAUGAUGAUGAUGGUGCACUUUUUACUGUACUUCUCACUUCUAUGUUGUUGUUGUUAUGGCAAUGAUUGAUGACGAUGAUGACGAUGAUGAUGAUGACGUAGCAAUUAAUGAAAUUUCCAACAACAUGAAACUGCCUAUUUAUGCCGUUUUAGUAGGUCGGGUCUCUUUUUUACACACUCUAAUUGUCGUUUUAGUUCGUUUUUUGAUCGAUGGUGUUUGUUUUAUGUUGUCUUCCUUUUCUCUUUUUGGGGUAAAAAGCAUGCGCACAGUGCAGAUUAAGAAAAAAAAAGAGAACAUUCAUAAAAAUAAAAAGCGAGAAAAAAUGUAA